AUGGAGGGCCGUAUGCAGAGGCACUGUCUGCACUUCGUGCCCAAGUGCAACCCUCGGGAGCCCAUCAGACACGAGCGCAUCAACAUUACUUUCCGGUGGGUGCGUGCUCAUCGGUCGCGCUGCCCACUGCGCCGCAGGAGGAGAACAGCUCUUCCGGCCACGCUGCCAUGA